AUGGUAUCUAAAAAGCCUGUUGCUCUUAUUGUUGGUGCAUCUAGGGGUAUCGGUCGUCAAGUUGCCGUUGACCUCGCCUCUAAUGGCUACGCCGUCGUCGUCGCUGCAAAAACUAUCAGUGACACUUCAGAUCUCCCCUCGCCUUUCCCACCAAAUCCUAAUUCAUCAGCCUCGACAAUCACAACCGUCGCCCAUGAAAUCAGUUUAGCAGGAGGUGACGCUACUGCUAUUCAAGUAGACGUUCGCUACCCCGAGAGUGUCGACUCCCUGAUAGCACAAACCAUCUCUACCUAUGGCCGUCUAGAUGUCCUCAUUUACAACUCAGGUGCCAUAUUCUGGGCUCCCGUCUCAUCAACACCCCUUAAACGAUUCCAACUCAUGCAGCGCGUUAAUCCCGAAGGGCUAUACGCAACCAUCCAAGCUGCUCUGCCUCAUCUUCCCUCCACAGGCCGCAUCGUAGUCGUCAGCCCACCCAUCUAUAGUCGUUUCUUCCGUGGUAAAACAGCUUAUGCGAUGGGCAAGGUUGGCAUGAGUGUGCUUACAAAGGGUCUCGCCAUGGACUUUGAGCGCGAAGGGAAGAAUGACAUGGCCAUCACUUCUAUAUGGCCAUCUGUGGCUAUUGAAUCUGCUGCUACAGAGCAAUUCACACGCAAGAACCCAGAAGAAGCCAACGACCUACGAAAAGCAACCAUCUUCUCCGACGCCAUUCUCGCUAUCCUCCAAGCUUCGCCUCCUGUGGUCAACGGCGAACUGCUACUAGACGAAGACUUCCUGCGUGAACAUGCAGGUGUAACAGACUUCUCAAAAUACAACGUCGUGCCAGGCACUGCACCACGAAGGAUCAUGCCCGCGUCUCUUCCGGAAUUGACAGUAGCAGAGCAAGCAGACGAGGGCAAAAGGUACGACAGCACAAAAGCCAAACCCAAGUUGUAA